AUAUCUUGCUUUAGUUGAAAACCAUAAUCUAGAUGGAAGAUAUGGAAACAAACUAUCCUUAAUGUUCUUUAGGUAGAGGAGAUGAAGAUAGAAAACAGCACAGUAGUGACAGAAUUCAUCCUCCUUGGUCUAACCCAGUCUCGAAAUAUUCAGCUCUUGGUCUUUGUGUUAAUCCUAAUUUUCUACCUCAUCAUUCUUCCUGGAAACUUUCUCAUCAUCCUCACCAUAAGGUCAGACCCUGGACUCACAGCUCCCCUCUAUUUCUUCCUGGGCAAUUUGGCCUUCCUAGAUGCAUCCUACUCCUUCAUUGUGGCUCCUAGGAUGCUGAUGGACUUCCUCUCUGAGAAGAAGGUAAUCUCCUACAGAGGCUGCAUCACUCAGCUCUUUUUCCUGCACUUCCUUGGAGGAGGAGAGGGAUUACUUCUUGUUGUGAUGGCCUUUGACCGCUACAUCGCCAUCUGCCGGCCUUUACACUAUUCAACUGUCAUGAACCCCAGAGCCUGCUAUGCAAUGCUCUUGGGUCUGUGGCUUGGAGGCUUUGUUCACUCUGUUAUUCAGGUGGCUGUCAUCCUACACUUGCCUUUCUGUGGCCCAAAUCGGCUAGAUAACUUCUUCUGUGAUGUCUCACAGGUCAUCAAAUUGGCCUGCACUGGCAUCUUUUGGGUGGAGCUUCUGAUGGUCUUCAACAGUGGCCUGAUGACACUUCUGUGCUUCCUGGGGCUUCUGUCCUCCUAUGCAGUUAUCCUUUGCCAUGUUCGUAGGUCAGCUUCAGAAGGGAAGAACAAAGCCAUGUCCACAUGCACCACUCACAUCAUUAUUAUAUUUCUUAUGUUUGGGCCUGCUAUCUUCAUCUACACUCGCCCCUUCAAGACCUUACCAGCUGACAAGAUAGUAUCUUUCUUCCACACAGUGAUCUUUCCAUUGAUGAAUCCUGUGAUUUAUACCCUUCGAAAUCAGGAAGUAAAAACUUCCAUGAAGCGAUUAUUGAGUCGCUAUGUGGUCUGUGGGAUCGAUUUUAUAAUGAGAAAUUGAGAAGAAAGAGUUCUGGCACAAAUUCAUUAAAUCAUUUAACAAAUACUGUUUUUCACUGAUAACACCUAUUUGUCAGGCACUUUAUAGGCAAUUAAGGAGUAGUUAUGCAUAAUGAGAGAAUAAACUUGUUUAUUUAAAGACU